UACAGCAUCCUCCUCUACCAACUACUGUGGACAUGGUGCUGUCUUUGGUCAGCCUGUGUGCCCGGGAGGUGGUGAGUGAUCACGGAUCGUCACCCUGCUGGUUGAGCUGUUUGCCCUGUGAGCUCUACCGCCCCCUUCUGGAAGCUGCAUUCGACCACUGCCGCCCGCUGGCCGUGGGCGAGUUGGUCCAGCGAUGGCCCGAGCGAACACUGAGCGUAGGGGGGUGGAGAAAACCCGGACAGGCCCCCCCGAACCGCCUCUGCAUCCAGGCCCUGCUGCUGGCCGUGGUCAGAGGAUUAACAGACAAAAGGUGUCGUCUGCAGGUGCUGGAUCUGUGUGGUCUGCAGUGUGACGAGGGCCGGGUGGAGGACUCCAUGGGCGGGUGGUCUCUCACCGUGGCUCUGUGCUCCACGCUGCUGCAGGCGCGAGCCUCCGCCCACAGGGGGCACCGCGACGGCGAGCGCGAGAGGAAGAGAGGUCUGCAGACGGAGCGAGAGAGGGCGGGAGCGGGUAAACGAGACAGAGGAGUGGAGAACAGGAGAGGAGGGACGGAGGGAGAUGAUGGAGAGAAGAUGGAGUGCAGGAGUAACGGAGGAGAGGAGAACCUGAUCCAGGCGAGACUACGGUCAGAGGAGGAUCCAGUGCGAGGUGUGAGGAGGAGGAUGGAGCUGCAGAGGAGAACCGAACCCCAGCAGAACAUCUCCAGCACCACCAGCCCGGACUGGAACCAGUCGGUGGUGGUUCGGGUCAGAGCCGACCUGUUCCUAAAUGCUCGCUCGUGGGAGAGGGUCCGAGGGGCUCUGAGUCUGCCUGGCCCUCUCCGGCUGUACUGCAGAUACCUGCGGGUUGAGGAGCUUCCAGCACCUUCUGUGGCCUCUCUGCUAGAACUUCUGCCCAAAGACGGCCUCCUGGGGCUGGAUAUCCGCUACUCCAGCCUGGGUGUGCCUGGCCUGGCCCUGCUGCUGCCUCUGCUAGAGCCCUUCCCCCAGCUCCACUCUCUCAGACUGCACUACUGUAACCUGGACCUGCAGCGCACUCAGCCGGAACAGCAGGGGGCGCUACAGGAGAUGUUCAGGGGACUCUGUGCUUUAAAGAGGCUGCGCAGGCUCAGCCUGACUGCGCUGAGGCUUCCGGGACACCUGCGCCUGCUUCUCAGUUCCCUCUCUCGGCCUUUGGAGGUGCUAGAGCUGCCAUACCUCAGUUUAACUCCCGCCGACCUGGCCUACCUCUCCUGCAGCCCGCACGCCUCGUCCCUCAGAGAGCUGGACCUGAGUGAGAACAGGCUGGACCUCUCCUCCGUCCCGUCGCUGCGGCGUCUCUUGUCUCAGGCCGAACCCUGCCUGGCCCAGCUCUCUCUGUGUGGUUGCGGUCUCUCUGACAGCCUGCUGGGGGCGCUGCUGCCCUCUCUGUCCCGCUGCAGGACUCUCCGGACCCUCAGGCUGGCCCUGAACCCACUGACCCGGAUGGGCCUGGUGUCGUUGGCCUGGACGGCGGUGGGGAUUCCCUCUCUGCGGCUGCUCCUGUACCCCUCCCCCCUGGAGGAGUACGAGCCGGGGCUACCCCCGCUGCCCUCCAGCUCCCAGCUACUGGACUGGCCGCUGAUGGAGGAGUCGGAGGUCAGGGAGAUGACGCUGACGCAAGUGGAGGAGGUGCUAAUGGCGAAAGGUCGCCAGCACGACCUUCUGAUGACCUCAGAUUUACUUAAAUAUAGUACUGAUCUGACGGUGGAGGACUAGUGUGGGUGGAAGUGAGUGAAUAAGUGAAUAAGAGAGUGAGUGAGCAUAUGAGUGUUAAUGCAGCAUCACCCUAGAGCUCUUAUUUUCCUUUUUUUAUUAUUAUUACUGAUAUUAUUAUAACUAAUAAUAUUAGCUCAAAUGCAAUACUCAGCUUGCAUAUUAUUUAUUUAUCUUUUGCUCUAACACACAGAAUUUAUAUAAAAAUAUCAGCAUAUCCUUUCAUGAGUUAUGGACGAUGCACUGAAAAAAGUAAUGCAUUAAAAUUACUUUAUUUAAAACGCAUGCAUGCUUGUGUGUGGAUAAAUACAUUGUAUACACUACCGGUCUAAAGUUUAAAAAAAACCUAUUGUUUAGUAGUCCAUUAGCAGUGCUGUAUGACAUUAUUUUAUCAAUGACUUUUUCUGCACUUCACUGUCAGACUUUUAAUUCUUUUCUUCACUGCUGAAACUGAGACUUAAACCCUAUCCGGACGAGAGUAGUUUCUCAGGAGGACGUCUGUGAAAAAUAUUUCACACUGCAAUUGACUGCAAUUGAAGCCAAAUUGAGUUUUUGGCUUUCUCGGUCAGAUGACAUAGCGUUCAGUAGCUCCUCCAUUUCCACUCGCUGUUGUGUUUUUUACGUGGCUCUCUGUGGAAAUGUGCGCCCAAAGUGUAAUUACAGUGAGCGGCAGUGGAAUAAGCUAUUUUAUUAAACGCGAGGAGACGAAACUCAGAGAUGUGUGUCUGGACGGGACUAAAACAGUAGAUAAUUCAGCCUGUAAUUUUCUCAGAGGACGUCGGAGAAAAACACAUACGUGGUCGUUCCUGACGGGAAUAAAAUCACAGAGGAUAAAAACCCCCGUAAUCAUGAAAACUACCCCAGGACCCCCUGAGAAACUAAUCCCAUCCGGAUAGGGCUUUAGUCCAAUCAUGUUAAUCUGAGCUAAAGACUAAAGCUUUUUCCAUGUGGGUCAGCCAGACGUCUUCCGGUAGCAGUUUUUUUUUCUCCAGUUUCCAAGAGUCUUUUGAAGGUGUAGGAAACAGUACUCACCGCUCUCUGAAUUCAUCUGUAAUUUCUCUAAAGAAAAGAAAGACUUCUACUUUUAAUAGUUACAGAGUUUUCUAUGUUUCUGAGUCUUUUUCUAGUUAUUAUGAUGAAAGUGUGAAUGUGCUGUGUGUAAGUGUGUAAAUGCUGCUGUAGAGAGUAACAGCAUUAACACCGUCUGGUCCAGCACUACAGCUUUACUACAGACUAAGGCUUUGGAAAUUUAUAUAUUUUUUUAAAUCCUUUGAGACUGUUAACCAAUGCAUUGUUUGUUAAAAUCACCCCCUGUUUUUAUAUGAUUUUUGAUUUUGUUUUACAAUAUAUUUUACAAUGUACACAAAAAAAUGGCACAUUGGAUUUUGUACAAUUUCUGGUUAUUGACUGAACCUGAAGAGCUUAAAUGGCAAAAAUAAAGGGAAGAAAACGGGGGUGUUCUAAAACUUUUGACCGGUAGUGUGAUAGUGAUUUUAAUUGAGUAGAUUCCCUUUAGGCCAGGACUGAUAUAUUGAUUGGCUAAUCAUUUUAGCUGAUAAUGAUGGUCAUGACUAUCAGUAUCUACAAAAGUCUUGCUGAUAAUAUGCCGCUAAUUAGCCACUUUUCUCAGCUGGCUGGUAAUAACAGCUGAUAUUAAUGGCCCAUAACUAUUUUAUCAGUAUAAUAGUAUAUAAAUAUUACUAAUAAUACUUCAAUAAUUACAGACCUGCAAAAAUGCAACGGGCAUAUUGCAUAUUGUGGAAUAUGGAGCUACACUACAAUACGUUUAUUUGUUCCAUUAAAACUCUAAGUUAAUAAUUUAAGAAAAAAUUUGCUGUUCAUGUGACCAAUUAGACCAGACUGAUAUGCAUGUUAUAAUAUCAGCUGAUGUUAAUAGCCCUUAAUUAUCAGUAUCUACAAAUAUGUAUUUAUAUUUAUAUUUGUCAUUGACAAUUGACAAUUUUACAGUAUUUUAAUAGCCCCUGAUUUUGGUAUUAAUCUAAAGUAUUGCUAUUAAUACAAACGACUAGCUAUUUUAUCUGUAUUAUAGGUUUAUUAUAGGCUCUAACUGAUAUAAUUUAGCUGUUAUAAUCAGUAAGUAAUAAUAUUCUGUGGUUUUCAGUAUCUUUAAAAAAAGAAAAUGAUUUAAAAACAUAAGACGAAAAGCCAGAAACCAAAGAAUUGCUUUAGGAUCUUCUGUAAUAGGCUGUAAUAUUUGUAUUAUUUAAGCUGAGAAUUCAUAAUCAGACAGUAAACCACUAUUUAACCCAAACUAUUAUCAGAAUUUCAACAACUCAAAAUCAGUUAUGGCUUUAGUCUUUAAAUAAUGUAAUUUAGUGUAUUGCUUUUUUCAGUGUGUGCUAGAACAAGAACACCACGCCACUGUGCAGAACACAACCAGCAUCUAUAUUCACACAGCUUCUCAGAAGCGCAGUGCUGAUGAUGGAUCUGCUCUCUUUAGGAAAGCUUAAGUCUUAAGCUGGAGAGAAAGCUGAUCCCGGCUCUUCUGAGAAGCCGUCUGCUACGGGUUCAGGUCUAGGAACCGCUGUGUUAGUUUCCUGAUUCAGUAUCAGUAUCAGUGACCCAUGAAGCGAAAUGUGAACCCAUGCAGGUCUGAGGCUGGGACUGAGUGAUGCUUUUGAGCUAUUAGCAGUUUUUAUUACUCGUCUUACAGCAAUAAGUGCACUUCUCUGACAGUUUCUAAAAUUUUCUGUUUGAUAUUUUAGUAAAAACAUGAUUUAAUGCAGCCUUAUUUUACAUUUUACAUCAAAUACAGUUCAGCUGCUGAGACGUGUUUAGUGUCUGAAGUUUGGCUUCAAAUAUUCAGUUUUAUACUGGAGUUACAUGGCUUAUAUACAUGCACAAUAUGUAAAAAUAUAUAUGGAUACCCCUUUUAAUAAAUACGUUUGUAAAAUGUUGUAAAUUUGGUAAAUUUCAAAUUCUGCUUUCCUGCCAGAUUCUUACUUUGAGUGAAGGUUUGUCCCGCAACAGAAUGAAUGUAGCAGAUCAGAUUCCUCUCCGAUUUGUUUUAUUUCUGUUUAUAAAUUAAUAAAUUAAUCUACAGUUACAGUAGAUACAGAAUCACCAGCACCGUAAUCUGUUGUACCCGUACUGCUCUGUAAUUAAUCUACAGUUACAGUAGAUACAGAAUCACCAGCACUGUAAUCUGUUGUACCCAUACUGCUCUGUAAUGAAUCUACAGUUACAGUAGAUACAGAAUCACCAGCACCGUAAUCUGUUGUACUCAUACUGCUCUGUAAUUAAUCUACAGUUACAGUAGAUACAGAAUCACCAGCACUGUAGUCUGUUGUACCCGUACUGCUCUGUAAUUAAUCUACAGUUACAGUAGAUACAGAAUCACCAGCACCGUAAUCUGUUGUACCCGUAUUGCUCUGUAAUUAAUCUACAGUUACAGUAGAUAUAUAAUCAUCAGCACUGUAAUCACCAGCACUGCAACACCUCCUUUUUCUUCUUCUAUUGUUUAACCCCCUUAUUAUGUUCAUUUAUCAGGAACAGCAAUGGUGUUCCCCUGUCAGUUUGACCCGGUGCAUGUUUAAUUAUCCAAAAUAUGUCUGAAACCCAAAAAAUCCUAAAAAGCAGUGUGAAUAUUUCAUGAAUAAAGUCCGAACCAUCCAGAAAAGCUUUCAGACCUCAAAAAAUGCAAAUAAAACAAGUUCAUAUUCGUAAAGUUUUAAGAGUUCAGAAAUCAAUAUUUGGUGGAAUAACCCUGGUUUUUAAUCACAGUUUUCAUGCAUCUUGGCAUCAUGUUCUCCUCCUCCAGUCUUACACACUGCUUUUGGAUAACUUUAUGCUGCUUUACUCCUGGUGCACAAAUUCAAGCAGUUCAGUUUGGUUUGAUGGCUUGUGAUAUAUUCCAGAGGUUUUCAAUUUUUAAAAAACCAAA